AUGUCGUUCUUUUCAAGGGGCCACGGCGACAGCGACCAAGUCGACGACUUCGACGAGUACGACCCCACCCCCUACGGCGGCGGCUACGAUAUCAACCUCACCUACGGCCGCCCCAUCCCUCCCUCCGAAGAGACCUGCUACCCCCACGGAGCCUCUUCCUCCGACAGCGACAGGUUCGACUACAAUCGUCCCCAAUACACGUCCAACGCUGAACCCUCUGCUUAUGGUGAUGAAGCCCUCGCCACCGAGUAUAGCAGCUACUCUCGCCCCAAACCUAGGCCUGCACCUGCAGGCUUCAAUCCCGCUGCUGGGUCCGGGUAUGGGGGAUCAGGGUCGGAAUACGGGUCCGGGUAUGGAAGGAAGCAGGAGUCUGAAUACGGUUCAUCCGGGUAUGGCGGGAGAAAGGAGGAAACUGAGUAUGGGUCUGGGUAUGGUGGGAGAAAGGAGGAAUCAGAAUAUGGGUCUGGUUAUGGAGGGAGAAAGGAGGAAUCUGGAUAUGGGUCUGGUUAUGGAGGGAGAACGGAGGAAUCUGGAUAUGGGUCUGGUUAUGGAGGGAGAAAGGAGGAAUCGGAAUAUGGGUCUGGUUAUGGAGGGAGAAAGGAGGAAUCUGGAUAUGGGUCUGGUUAUGGUGGGAGAAAGGAGGAAUCUGGAUAUGGGUCUGGUUAUGGAGGAAGAAAGGAGGAAUCGGAAUAUGGGUCUGGUUAUGGUGUGAAGCAGGAGUCGGAAUAUGGAUCCGGGUAUGGUGGUAGGAGGCAAGAAAGUGAAUAUGGGUCAGGAUAUGGUGGAAGGAAGGAGGAGUCUCAAUAUGGAUCUGGGUAUGGUGGGAGAAAGGAUGAAUCUGAAUAUGGAUCAGGGUAUGGAGGAAGAAAGCAAGAAUCUGAAUACGGGUCGGGAUAUGGAUCCGGGUAUGGUGGCAAGAAGGAAGAAUCUGAAUAUGGGUCAGGAUAUGAAGGAAGGAAGCAGGAAUCAGAAUAUGGAUCUGGAUAUGGUGGAAGGAAGCAGGAAUCAGAAUAUGGAUCCGGGUAUGGUGGAAGGAAGGAGGAGACCGAAUAUGGAUCCGGUUAUGGUGGAAGAAAGCAAGAAUCAGAAUAUGGAUCCGGGUAUGGUGGAAGGAAAGAGGAGAGUGAAUAUGGAUCUGGAUAUGGUGGAAGGAAGAGUAGUGGGUAUGGGGUGGAACAGCAACAGGGGAGUGGGUAUGGUUAUGGAGGGAGUAGUGAGUAUGAGCAGAAACCUAGCUACGGGACGAGCAACUAUGAGAGCCAAGGAGGGGUUGAGUAUGGUUAUGGGCGUCCACCUCAGGAGGAGGGGUACCGCAAGCCUAGCUAUGAUGAUGAUAAGGGCUAUGGACGCAAGAAAUAUGGAGAUAACUCGGAUGAUGAUGAUGGUAGGAAGAAGCAUCAUCACAAGCAUCACCAUUACAAGAGUUAUGACGAUGAGUAA